AUCCCUCCUCAUCGUCCUCCAGCGUGCCGCUCUCUUCUCCCCCCUCUCUUCUCCUCUUUUUUCAUCUCAACUUGAACUAUUCGUGCAUUUAAUUUUUAAUGAUAUGCGUACAGCUUUCCCUCUCCCUCGCCCUCUCUUUUUCCCUGUCUCGCUCUCUCUCUCUCUGUCUCUCUCUCUCCCCAUCUCUGUCUCUUUAUUUUCUGCCCCUCUCUUCGCCACCUGUUAGUUAGUCUCCCUCUCCUCGCCGCACUGGAAUUCCCUUUUUUUUUAUGAGGAGUUUCACACUCGCACUAACGGUGGGCCCCAUGACUGUGCGAAAAGGAAAACCAUUGGCUAUCUCCAUCCAGGAGAACAUGGCCAUUGACGUGUGCCCAGGCCCGAUCCGCCCCAUCCGUCAAAUCUCUGCCUACUUCCCACGCCUGUCCCCAACUUCCUCCUUCUCGGAACCACUUUCACCCAAUCAGAUGGCAGCUCCGAAUUCGCUUAGCCCUGGUGGAACGGCUCAAGGUGGUGGGACCGCCGGUGGAGGAGGAGGAGGAGGAGGAGGAGGGAGCAGCAGCCUGCUGUCACCACUGUUACCAGGGGCAGGUGGUGGAGGGGGGUCACUGUCAGCCAUGAGCAGUAUGGAUACCUCUAUCGAGAUCGACAGCUGUGACAGCGAUGAUAGCACCUCUUUGGGGACAUUACAGUUUGAUCUCAUGUAUGAGAGGGCCACCAGCUCCCUACACUGCACCGUCCUGAGAGCAAAGGGUCUGAAGCCAAUGGAUUUUAACGGUUUGGCUGAUCCUUACGUCAAGCUGCACCUGCUUCCUGGAGCCUGCAAGGCCAAUAAACUGAAAACUAAGACAGUACGCAACACCCUGAACCCUGUGUGGAACGAGACACUCACCUACUGCGGCAUCACAGAGGAGGACAUGUACCGCAAAACCCUCCGAGUGUCCGUGUGCGACGAAGACAAGCUGACACAUAAUGAGUUCAUCGGGGAGUCACGGGUGGCCCUGCGCCGCUUGAAGCCUGACCAGACCAAACACUAUAACAUCUGUCUGGAGCAUCCACCUCCUCUUCCCUCACCUACAGCCAUGAGCACAGCCCUGAGAGGUAUCUCCUGCUACCUGAGAGAGUGGGAGACCGAGCAGCACAGAAGUCUGGAAGAGAGAGGCCGCCUGCUGCUCUGCCUGCAAUUCCUCCCGCCGGCCGGCGAUGACGUCGUGAAGGGCGAAGCCAAGGAGAGGGCUCGUGGCGGCCUGUGUGUGGGUGUCAAACGCUGCGCCCACCUGGCAGCCAUGGACGUCAACGGCUUCUCGGACCCCUAUGUUAAAACGUACCUCAAGCCAGACGUUCAUAAGAAAUCCAAGCACAAAACGGCAGUCAUAAAAAAGACUCUCAACCCAGAGUUUAAUGAGGAGUUUUUCUAUGAAAUUACCUUCUCAGAGUUAGCCACCAAGACCCUGGAGGUCACAGUGUGGGACUAUGACCUGGGAAAGUCCAACGACUUCAUAGGGGGCGUGUCCUUUGGGUGUCACUCCCAAGGAGAGACUCUGCAGCACUGGAUAGACUGUCUGAAGAACAAGGGCAAGAAGGUGGAGCGCUGGCACACGCUGACCAACGAGCUGCCUGGAUCCACCAUGCAGGAAUGAAGUGAUCCUCUUCCUCUGCGCUCUGACACCGGUGAGACGCCUGAAGACUCGAGAUGAGGGACGAUUCAUCGCAUGCUCUAAGGAAUUUUCUGCAUGACUAUGAAGAGGAUUCAUGUCCUGCUUACUGUGUGUCAUCAAUGAGAUCAUAAUUCAGAACACAACUUAUUCAAAGGGGUCACAGUCAAAGAUCAGUAUCAUUAUCUUGGAUUUGAAUAGGCUUGAUGCAAAUGAGAGAGCAUCCCCAACAUAAAGCUAAUAGCAUGAGAAUUUUCAUAAUCAUAUUCAUAGAGAAUCAUGCCCCUAUUGUGGGUUUUAUGUUCAUCUAAAUGCUCCUCUGUGCAGAUACAAACUGGUCAGAUCUCAGUGAAGAGGAAAAAUUGAAAUCGUGCAGAAAUUUAAUGAGGGAAAAAACUAAAUUACCCCAUCAUUUUCAUUAGAACUCAUCCUCCGUCUCACAGCACAAACACCUCUCCCUGCAAUAAUGAUUUGCUGAAUGCUUCCAAAGAUUUGUAAGUGGUCUCAAUGAAGCUAGACGUUUUGUUUAUUGAUGGGAUUGCCACUGGAUUGUCUAUAGACAGCAUAGCCCAAUAAGAGAAGUGGUUCUUCCAUGCUGGUUGUGUUUUUUGCAUGUUUGUUGUCAAUGAAGCAAGCAAGUAAGAUGAUGUAAGUGUGCUGCAGAAGGAAAAAUAUUAUUGCUCCUUGUUACCCUGAGGAAGAGAUUGUUUUUAUUUUAUGUAGAGUUAACACUUUUUUUAUAACGUUCAAAGUUGUUUCUCGUGUCAUCUCUAACAUAACAGUGUCAGUCUCUUUUGGUGGCACACUGAUGUUUACAUGAUAUUUCAUCAUAAGCCCUGAUCUGUGUGGAAGAGUAGGAAUGUGUAAUUAACAGGAAGGUUUCAGAGCUAUUGAUUGAUUUUGUGGACAACCAUGCAUGGUAAUAAAAUCAUCAUCCUCUGUUGAGUAUCUAAAUCACAAAUCUGUACUGAUUGGUGUGUAGAGCACAGUGUUGUGUGAUAACUCUCUAUGCUGCAGGUUGUAUCUGUGCUGGGUCUCGUGGUCAAAGAGGCAUGCUGAAAACACAAAUGUGUUCAUAUGUAAAUAUAUCUAUUGUGUUUGCUUUGGAUGUUUGUCUUUUGGAACUUGAAUUGUGCAUGACUGUUUAAUUUUUUCAUAAAAAAUUCAUACCAG